AAUUAACUCAUCUAUUCACGCCUCAUUCACUCCUCUCUCAUCUCACAUUCACGCCAUUCUCUAGCAGCAAGACAAACCAGAGGAUCGAAGAUAGCGAUGGCUUGAAGCUUCCUUCUCCAAAUUUUUCAGAUAACAAGAAUAGCAAUGGAUGAAAGAAGAAAACGAAUUGCAGCUGCUUUGACUUUAUUCUUGAAGAUGUAUACUACCGUUAGUAGUUUUUUACUUUUGAUGGCAUCAACUGUAUCCCGGCCAAGAAUUAAUAGGCGUUAUUCUCUUAAUUUUUAUGAGAAACGAGAGUAUGUGAGACGAAUUGUAUAUGACAAUGAUGAGUCAUGCAUUUCACUACUUAGGAUGAAUAGAAAAACCUUUUUCAAACUAUGUGUGGUGUUAGAGAAAUUCAGAUUAGGUAAUAGGGCACGAAGUGAAUCAAAUUCAGAUUCAUUAUCUAGUGGUGGAAGAAGGAAGAGAAAGAUUAGUGAUAGAGAUGAAUCAAUUACUUCACAAUCCUUUCAUAAUGCGGCAAUGAUGUUGAGUGAAACAUUGAUAAUGGUUGGUGAUAAACUUAGCAAGAGCAUUGGAACUGAAUUAACUCUUCAAGAAAAAGUGCAACAGUUAGAUAAAGAGUUAAUUCAGAUUGAUGGAUUAUCAAAUGAAGAAUAUUUGAUGGCUUUGAUUAAACUUCCUGACCGUCCAAAUAAGAUGCUUGUGUUUUUUAGCCUUCCACCGGAGCGAAGAUUAGAAUGGGUGAGGGCUUUUCUUGCUACAUAGUGACUAUGUUGGAUGCAUUCUGACUUUGUUCGUGGUUGUGAAUGUUGUACUAUUAAUUAGUAUGUUAUGGUGGCUUUUGUAUGUAAGCUUUUGAUAAACUUAACAUUUUAUUAAUAUUUAUAAUAUUUUAUUAUGUUUUUUGGAUGUAAGCUUUUAAGAAGCUUAACAUUUUAUUAAGUAUAUAUUAGUGUAAUAUUUGUAAUA